CCCUGCUCCCCAACCGAAGCUUAACAGGUUGGUGGUAUAAUUUGGAGACUUUCAGGGGUGUCACAUUGGAAGCUUACGCAAGAACCAAGGCAUCUUCUUCUACUCCCAGACACUGACCAGCCUGUGUUGAAAAGCUUAGCAAGUGAGGGAAGGAAGGAGCUGGAGGCAAAGAAGGUGGGACCGGCUCUUAGCAAAGUUUGAGCGGGUCUACGGCCAUGAGUGAACUGGCCACACAGAAGGCUGGCGAAGGCACUGUGUCUCGCUUGCUUAAUGUGGUGGAAAGUGAGCUUCAGGCAGGGAGGGAGAAGGGAGAUCCUACAGAGAAGCAACUUCAGAUCAUCCUGGAGGAUGCUCCCCUCUGGCAGAGAUUCAAGGAAGUCACUAACGAAAUGAUCGUGACCAAGAACGGCAGACGGAUGUUCCCAGUCCUGAAGAUCAGUGUCACAGGACUGGACCCCAAUGCCAUGUACUCCCUCCUGUUGGAUUUUGUCCCGACCGAUAGUCACCGCUGGAAGUAUGUCAAUGGCGAAUGGGUACCCGCAGGCAAGCCAGAGGUCUCUAGCCACAGCUGUGUCUACAUUCACCCCGACUCUCCCAACUUCGGGGCUCACUGGAUGAAAGCUCCCAUCUCCUUCAGCAAAGUGAAACUGACCAACAAGCUCAACGGAGGUGGGCAGAUAAUGCUGAAUUCUCUGCAUAAGUAUGAGCCUCAGGUUCACAUAGUACGCGUUGGAGGUGCCCAUCGCAUGGUCAUGAAUUGCUCCUUCCCCGAGACUCAGUUCAUCGCUGUGACUGCCUAUCAGAACGAGGAGAUAACAGCUCUCAAAAUCAAACACAACCCUUUCGCCAAGGCCUUCUUGGAUGCCAAGGAAAGAAACCACCUCAAGGACAUUCCAGAGGCGGUCUCUGAGAGCCAGCAUGUGACCUAUUCUCACUUGGGAGGCUGGAUCUUUUCCAAUCCCGAUGGCGUGUGCACAGCAGGAAAUACCAAUUACCAGUAUGCCACGCCUUUGCCUCUGCCUGCUCCCCACACACACCAUGGCUGUGAGCACUACCCUGGCCUCCGAGGACAUCGGCAGGCUCCCUACCCUUCUACCUACAUGCAUAGAAACCAUUCUCCCUCAGUGAACUUGAUAGACAGCUCAAGCAACAACCUGCAAGUUUUCUCGGGGCCUGACAGCUGGACUUCCUUGUCGUCUACACCCCACGCCAGCAUCCUGUCUGUACCCCACACCAAUGGGCCAAUCAACCCAGGGCCCAGCCCCUAUCCGUGCCUGUGGACCAUCAGCAAUGGCGGUGGGGGCCCCGUGGCAUCCGGCUCAGAGGUGCACGCCAGCACCUCAGGAACAUUUCUCCUUGGGAACCCCGCUGUCACUUCACCUUCCUCUCUGCUCCCCACCCAAGCAACCGCUUCAGCUGGUGUGGAGGUCUUGGGGGAGCCUUCACUGACCAGCAUUGCUGUGUCCACCUGGACAGCGGUGGCUUCACAUCCCCUCCCAAGCUGGGGUGGACCAAGUGGAGCUGGGCGCCAUUCCCCCUCUUCAUUGGAUAGUUAGGCGGGAUUCUAGGAGCCGCUGCCAGCAGAGAGCCCUCUGUGUGUGUGUGCAUAGCAACCUCAUUGCUGAUUCCAGGGAGUUGAGCUGCAGGGUCUCUUCACCCAGAGGCCUGAGGGGGAGUGGGGGGUGCAUAGUGAUGCCCAAAAGCCUCCUGAAAAGCGGUUUAGUCUGAGUGAUACUGAUGUUACUACUUUUGUCUCUCACCAUUUCCUGUAGUUCUCCUGCUUUCUCUGAGUUCAUUGAUCUUCCUCAUGCUGAGGUUGCAAAGUCAGCUUUGUCUAUGUACCCUCCUUGUGCCCUGCCCCUUACUCUCAAGCCGUUCUGGGAAGCCUCCCUUCCUUUUUUCCUGGAGUCAGUGCAUGGUAUUGAGGAGAGCUCACAUUCUGCCUGUUUAGGCUGCUGCCUCUUAGCUUUGUGCAGUCUUGGAAAGUGUGCGUGGCCCUAAGACCUGAACUGGCUUCUGCUUUGAGACAUAGAGAAGCCCACAAAGUUAACCAGAGUUAGCCAGAGCUAAAGUCAGUCCUGUGCUGUUAACAGAAAAGAAAAUGAGGCUGCGCCCUCACUAGCUCAUAAUCAGUGGCUCCCAUUGCCUACUCUAAAGACAGCUGCUACCAUUCGGCCUUCCUCCGUGCCUCCAGCUUUGACUCCUGUUAACCUUUUAGCACCUUCUACUACAAGGAGAGCAGACAGCUCUCCUUGGUCUGAACUCUUGCUUCCUGUGCCUGAAGCAACCUCCCUCCUGUCCCUCCUGUGUGAAUUGUACCAGCUUGGCCAGGACUGGUUGAAAGUCCACUCUGAUAAAUCACCUGAGGUGAUGUUUGAUUAUCUCUGUGCCCUGCUUUCCCGCCAUUUUUACCUCAGGCAUAGAGCUCACCUCAUUCUACCUUACAUUUCUGCGAGUGUAUCUGUCUCCCGCCAUAGACUGUAAGCCUCUCCAGGGUGAGAGCUAGCCCCCCACAUCGUACCCAUAGCCCCUGGUACUGUGCCUUGACUACUGUAGGUGCCCAAUAAACAUCUGCUGAGUUGAGUUGGUAUGACA